CAUAUGUGUGUAAUAAUGGCUGACUGAAGCAGAAGCUAUUAUAAGCAGCAUGUUCCAGUGGACAGCAGCGGGACAGACAGACAGAAAGACAGACAGACAGACAGAGGAACACAGCUGUGUGAAUGGACGAGGAAGAUAGUGGGACAAGGGCCUCUGUUACCUAACUAAAACCGGAAAAAACAACAGCCAGUCCUGCUGAAGGAUUAGCUCCCUGUUCGUGCUAUCAUGGCCCUGCCCUCUGUGAUGGUGUUGCCCCUGCUAAUCGUCGUGGCGGCUGGGGUCUACUACAUCUACAAUGAGGUCAUGCAGUUUAUGUCCAAGUCCUUGGUGCGAAACAAAGUGGUGGUGAUCACUGAUGCUGUGUCGGGGGUGGGAUCUGAGUGUGCCCAUCUCUUCCAUAAGGGCGGUGCCAGAUUGAUCCUGUGUGGGAUUAACUGGGAUAAACUAGAGUCUCUGUAUGACUAUCUGACUCAGGAUGCUGACCCCAGCGAGACAUUUGCCCCAAAGCUGGUUAUCCUGGACUUCAGCGACAUGGACAGCAUGGAGAACGUGGUGGCUGAAGUGGUGGAGUGUUACGGCUGCGUGGAUGUGUUGAUCUGUAACAGCAGCAUGAAGCUGAAGGCCCAGGUGCAAAGUGUCUCCCUGGAAAUGGACAGAAAUAUAAUGGACAUUAACUACUUCGGCCCCAGCACUCUGGCCAAAGGUGUUCUUCCAACAAUGAUCUCAAGAAGAUCGGGGCACAUUGUGCUGGUCAACAGCAUCCAGGGAAGACUAGCUGUCCCAUUCAGAAGUUCAUACGCUGCAUCUAAGCACGCGGCGCAGGCCUUCUUUGACUGCCUGCGGGCUGAAGUGGAGGAGUUUGGGGUAGUCGUCAGCACCAUCAGUCAUACCUUUAUCAACGCCUCGGACCCCCCACCUGUGGAGGAACCCGCCCCCAAACCAAACACCCUGGCUGCAUUUAUCACCAGCCAGUUGACCCACGGCGUGCGCCCGUCAGUCCUAGCCAAUGAGAUUAUGCAAACUGUGAACAGGAAGAAGAAAGAGGUUGUACUGGCCCACCCCAUCCCUAGGGUGGCCCUCUACCUCCGCUCCCUCUUCCCCUCCUUCUUCUUUGCUGUGCUGGCUGCUGGAGUGAAGGACUCAGUCCUGGCUGAGCAGAUGCAGUAAGGGAAAAUCUGAAAUGAAAUCAUAAAGAGACAAGAAUUGUUUGGAAAUUGGAGAUAUGUAAUACUCAAUACUUGGUUGGCACAGCAAGGGAUGCUUUAGGGGCAUGGCUACGUAUAUGCUGGAGCCCUGCACAGGCCCCAAAAUCUAGAUCCUGGCCCAGCUCUGGCCGAGACUCCCAGGCCUUAGCCCGGCCCUUGGCCGACAGCUUAUCAUAAUUUUUAGCCAGAACCCGAAUGGAGCCGGUGUCUUUUUCUUUUCUCUCCUGUUGCAGCCAUUAA